GGCGGUGAUCAAUGGCGUCUGCACCUCCCGACCUGUCAACCCCGCACCGCCACACUCACCUCCCCCCUGCACCUCCCACACGCCUCUAUCCCACCAUGGAGACCCAAGACAACAUCUCUAACUGGUCAAAUUAUCGUUUCUGUGGUCCAACUAAGGUCAGAGUCGUUCAAGACACAACUAAUACCAUCGGAAAAACAUAAUUACAACCUAACCUAACCUGUACAGAAGCACAUAGGAGUGAUGCUAAUGCUACUCAGGAGUAUGGCCCAGGCUGUCAAUGGACCGACAAUCUGUAAGACGGCGCACCAAAGGUUACCUACUGCCUCGAUCAACGUCCCUACAGCUGAGGUAUGAAAGCGAGAGAUUGGAACUACAAAAAAGGGUCACUGAGCAGCUGGUGUCUGAUGUGUUUGGUUUAUACGAAAAAUCGCUGUUUGUGGACUUGAAGCUUGAGGCAUCAAGAGGCAACGUUUACUGUCACCAGUUGUUCUUUGCUGCUCGUGUUCCAGCCUUAUGGCAACUGCUGCUGGAGAUUGCUAAAUUUCAACAACCCUACAAGAAACCUGCAGGAGCCCUGAUAUGCAUCCAGCUGCCCGAUGUUGAGUACAAGGAACUUCAAAAAUUCACACGAAGUCUGUACAGUGAUCAAAGCAACCGGGCAGCUGGUGUAGUACUAAGAAGGAAAUUGGAGGACACCCUGGCUGUUCUCCAGCAGAGAGCACUACUCUAUACCAACCAGAUAAGAAUUGAGAGACUGAGCAGCGACGAAGAGCACCACGUUCAGCAGUUGAUCCUGAAACAGCUUCGACUUGGGCAUCUGAGUGAGAAGAAGGGUAAUAUACAGGACGUGGAGAGGUUUAUCUGCAGCAAUGGUGUGCAGUGCACCUACCAGACGCGUGCCCUGUCUGAUACCGAUUCAAACAGCACAGUUACCCUGAAGCCACACGUGAUAAAGAAUAGUCCAAAUACAUCAAAGUCUGUAAGGCCAAAGUCUAGUCAAAAGAUUUGUGCUCAGAAACCAAAGUCAUUGAGAAACACAAUGAACAUUACAAACCAUACUGUUGUAAAUAUUGAUAAGUGUGAAAUUAAAGAAAAACAACAGACUGGUGUGAGUGAAGAAGUCUGUGGCAAUUGUGAUAAUAACAUAGAAGAUGAUCUUGAGAGUUCUGCAACACUGACAAGGAAAGGGAAAAUCUCCUUGAAAGGUCCUCUACCAACCAAACGAACCAGUAAUGAUGAUCAGUCCCCUAGUGGGCAGUUAUCUAAUCAGGAAUCUCCCGUCUUUAAUGUUUCUAUGAUAAAAGAGUUACAAACAUCUCCCAUGCAAGUUAGUGGAGAAUCCUUUCAGGAUAAGUUGAGAGACAAGCGAGAACGAUCGCCUUCUCGUUCUCAGAGGUCUUCCACUUCAGAAUUUACUCCCGUUGAACCCCUUCACAAUUCAAAUGUUCUAAAGAAUGCUAUAGUUUGUUCAAAUGGGGAUGUAGGACCAUUUUACCCAGCAAGUGUAAGGGUCAAAGAAGGCAAACCACACAAGUACGGUGCAAUGUCCAGCACAAAAGAAAAUGCAUCCUUACAUCAAGCUAAUAUUUUGGCAAGACAACAACUGCAACAACAACAACCCGUUCAAUCUGGGUCUACCUCAAAGACAUACUUGCAACGAAAAAGUCAGUCAUUUGGUGCAGAAUCUCAGGAUGGUGCAGAACUAGAUAAUGUCAGUGUCAGUAACAGUGGCAGUGAUUAUAGACUGAGUAAUCUGCAUGAAACUUCUAGUCUUGAAGUAGAACUUCCCAGUAGCCAUGAAGAAAAUUCAAGUAGCCAUGAUUCUGAUGAGAGUCUAGGAACCUCAUAUAAAAGAUUGAUCGAAAAUCCAAGAGGAGACUACAAUAAUGAUUUGAAAACUGAAAGAAAUCAAAAUAUAGUAGAUGAAAAAGGUAAAACUGCACCUGAACCAGUUAAUCCCAAGAGACCAUUGGUAAGAGCAAGAACGUUUGAGGUCCUUGAUGCAAUUAUUAGUGAUCCUUCUGACAAAUCCAAGCAAGAGCCAACAGAGAAGAAGGAAACAGAAGCAAAAGGAUCUGCUGCCAUAAAAGUAGAACAUGGGAUGCUGGGAGAAGCUCAGAGUAGUCAUCCCACCUUCACAACACUGAAAAGAAAUGUUGGAACUCAGGGUUUAGGAAAAGACAAUCUAGGUAAUGGAAAAGAGAGAAAAGUAUCUGAUGAGAGUAUAACCUCAUACUAUGAUAAUGCUGAUGACCCAGAGAGGCUGAGGGAAAUGGAAAGAAAAAAAGGGUCAUUGAUAUUUGAGCACAACUUCCAGACUUAUUCUAACAUUCCUACUACCAACAUGAUGACGGCUAGUAUGAUGACAGCUAGUAUGAGUUCUGAGAGUGGUAGUAUGGGUGUGGGAUCCCUAUAUAGCAGUAUGAUGGACAGUGCCAUGAUGGGAAGCAUUCACUCACUGGGUGCUCUUGAAGCACCUGUCGUUGACCCCAUACCUCGUCCAGCAUCUGUAGGCCUUCCUGUCAGGCACACCGUAGAAGAUGCAAACUCAGAAUUACCACAUGUAGUCAGUCACCGUCCUCCCCUUAGAGUUCAGCAGAGCACAGAAGAAAUGGCAAUAGAGCUUCAACAGGAAAUAGCAAAGAGAGGAUCAGCAACUCGAUCACCUUCUCCAGAUUCUCUCAGUGUUGACUUUGUUGCUAGAAGAGAGGCAGAAACCUCAGAGAAGGAAAAGACCCCUAAAAAAAUAAAGAAAACUAAAUCAAUAGAAACUAGUAGUUCAAGUAUGAAUAAAGAAGAAAUGGAUAAUGAAGAAAAAGAGCAAGAUGAUAAGGAAAAUGAAAGCAAGAGUAAUGAUUCAGGUCAAAAUGAGAAAAAAACAGAUAAAAAAGAAGUGACUGUUGAAGAGCCCUCUUUUAAGGCUUUGUCACAAAUUAUCGGUAGUCCUAGAUUAAGUAGAGAGAUAUCUGAAAAUACACCCAUUAUCUCAGGAGGAUCUACUCUGAAAAGAGAGAAGGACACAGCAGAGAAAAAAUCUCUCUCUAAACGUGAACGUCAGGUUAGUAUUGGAUCAGUUAAGGAUGUUGAUUCUAUACCUCUUGUGUGUGGAUAUAUUGGUCCCCAGGAUGAUGAAGAAGAACAGAAAGAAGGUAAAGUUCAGACUAAAGAAACUAAUGGAGAAGGAGAGGAUGAGAAGCACCAGUCUAUCUUUCCAAUGUUUAUAGAUCUAAAUGCCAUACCAACUCCGUCUGCAGAAGAGACAAAAGAAGCAGAGAAGAAGGAAGCAUUAAAGGCUAAGAACCAGUCCUCUGCUGUUUACAUGUAUAUAGAAGCAGAUACAGUCUCACCCAAGAACAGAAGAAAGAGGAAGUCAGAGAGUGAUGGUGCAGCCAUUUCAAAAUCCAUCGAACCUCACCCAGAUAUAGAAUUCACAUCACUUCCACCUGUCCUUGCAGCACCAGUAGAUGAAAAAGAGGAAUCUGAUGGCAAGAAAGUAGAAGUUGAUGGGGGCUCAGAUGAAGGAGGGAACAAAGAGAAGAAAGGGUUCUUUAUGUUUAUUGAGGCAGAAUCAUCAUCAAAGCAAGGCUCGCCUAAACCAAGAAGACGAACCAUACCUCCUCCCAAAAAGAAAACUGAAAAUCCUAUGACCAGAUCAGCUCCAAGUGAUUCUAUUUUGUUUUCAACCCCAGAGAGUGCCAGCAAAUUGAUGACUAAAUCGGUUAUUGAUAGGGAAGAAUUUAUUGCUCAACCUCCUACAAGAAAGAACGUGAGCCUAAAUGAUAAAAUAAACGAAUCUUCUACUUCAAGAGAUGGAUCAUUUGUGUCGGGUAUCCCAAGACCAAUUCAUGCUCUCAAAAGCAAAGCAUCAUCGUCUAAAUCCGUUCACGCAAAGCCUUCCCCUCACAAAAGAGAUCCAAGUACUCAAAGAGAUCAUUCCGUUUCAUGGACUAAAGACGAACAUGCUUCAGAAACAACAAAUGACAUGGCCACAAGUCGAGACAUAUCAGUCUCAGAACUUGGACCCUCUCAAAGUGUAUCUUUUAGUGAAAUUAUGUCUACAAGUCUUCCUCAAGAAACUGAACCUUCAGAAGUGUCAGAUGUAAGCAGUCUCCUCAGCAGCAUAGAACGCUCAAAUGAGCCGACGGACCAGGGAAACACGGAGCCGUGCUCAAGAUUGGGAGAAGAUUUGUUGCAUAUGUUCCUGAAUGAAAUUAACACUGAUGUUACUAUACAGAUUGGUGAGAAGCGCAUCCGUGCCCAUAAGUGUAUCUUGGCUUCACGAUGUGUCUAUUUUGCUGCGAUGCUUUCAGGACACUGGGUGGAGAGUGCAGGCAACGUCAUAAAGUUACAGGGGUUUUCGGCCGAUAGUGUUUUGGUGGCACUGAAGCACAUCUACAGUGGUACAAGCACAGUGCCUGAAGGAGUGAGGGUCGGAGAGCUGGCAGCAUUAGCAGACAUGCUGGCCCUUGAUGGACUCAAGGAUGUAAUUUCCUUACAUCUCAAAGCUAAAAUGUGCCACUAUUUUCAUAAGCCAUGCUCAGGAUGUCUAGAAGGAGUAUUGGAUGUGUUACCCAUCGCUGGUGCCUACUGCUUGGAUGAACUGUAUCACCGGUGCUUGCGCUGGGUGGCCAAGCACUUUGUUGUUGUAUUGCCAACUCGCAAUUAUGCUGCUCUUCCUCCGGAGGUGCAGGACCGAUGCCUUAAACAGCUGCUGGAUGAUAUGAGUGUAAGCAAUGUGAUAGAUAAUGCCUUGGGAUGUGAGAGAGUGUUGUCAUCCUUGCCAAUGGUGCGGUGGGCUCAGCCUGUGUUUGAUUCUGCAGCUCAGUUACUGGAGGCAGCUACAAGUUUCAUAGCUACCAACAUGAGUGGAGUGUUGGCUUCUGACAGGUUCCUUGCCUUGGGACGAGAUAGUGGAUGGAGUAUAGAAAGUUUGCAAGACACAAUGCGGGUUGCUUGUGAAUUAAUACGUCCUGACCAGGCUGUUCUCUCUCACAUUCAACUGGCUAAGUUCCUUGAGCAGAGUCAGGAUGGAUUGCCUGAGGUAUCUGAGAACUUCCUAAACUUCCUCGAGAACUUGCUGAAUCAGAUAGAGAAGUUCAUGAUUCAUAAUGCCAACCGGGUAGCGGUGUGUCGCAAGUGGCCCUUGCUCUCUACUGGUACACAACGUAGAAUUAAGGACGCUGCCCUCGUGAUAGUUGAGUUUUCACGACCCACUGCUCCUAGACCGAAGCUGUCAUCUACUACCAGGAGGCUACGGGGAACAAGCAGUGAUGGUAGUGGUACCCCUGGUCGAACUAGUGACCACAGGCUGAUGCGAAGUGCCAGUGCCACUGCUGUCCCAUCUUCUCAGAGGGUGAGUGCUAGGCGACCCCCUACGUCAAGUCAAGAUCCCGCUCGCUGCCAGACUCCACCAGCUACUCUUUCCCGACCUCGCACUCAAACCCCACCACCAACACGAGCCUCCACUCUACGGGCUCAAGCCAGGCAGGCAGCCAUACAGAGGUCACAGUCUGCUCGCACAGUAGCUGAACGUCCUCGAAAAUCAAGACAGGGAAAUGACACUUCAACAGACGAGGAUACCCACUCUAGUAACAAACGAACAGCGCCAGUGGCAGGUUUCACCCGUGGGGCAACCUUCACUCGCUCGCUCUCUCGACCCGACCCAGGCCGGCCAAAUCCCCAAACCCCAACCAGAUCAUCGGGUCCCCCAUCAUCCCGGCCACGCACACCUGGACUACCAGAGCCUUCCCAGUUGCCCAGGAGAACCACAACUGUCCAUCGCACAUCAAGCCACACCACCACAGGUAGCUCUGCCUCUGAGGAUGAGUUGCCCCUCAGAAAGUCCAACACCACUCCACGAGGUCGGACUUUGACCUCCCUGAAUGAAGGGUCAGGAAAUGAAGCAAAGCUUGCUCGGACACAGUCAACAGAGGGAAGUUCUAGGACACCCACUCGGCGCCCAGAACUCCGCAGCAGCAUUACAAACCUCAGUAAGGCAGGUCGCAGCCAACAAGAGGGUCAACCAUCACCGCAGUGUCAUUCCGACAGUGGUUCCCACACACCUAGGACUCCCAAAACGGAUAAGACAGAACCAAGGAGGCAAAGCGAUGUCAAAAAUGGAAACGUCAUCACACGAACAAGAGCAGCAACCAUGGGACGUAGGACCACCAGGUCUCCCAUGAGGGAAGCUGGACGUUCUAUAGGACUAGGUACAGGGAGGGGCACAAGCCCAACACCUGCAGUAAAUCUAGGUUCAAAUGUGAUGGGCAGAAGCAGAUCUUCCAGUGUAACAAGUAGACCAGUUAGGAAUAUUGCUACACCACCACCAUCUGGAUGCAGCCGCUCAAAUACAUUCUGUAAGGAUGACACUAAAGGACUUAAGAAGUCAGUUUUACCCUAGCCUGAUUUUCACAAUUAGUUUUCAGUUUUGUGUAAGGAAUUCAUUUCACAGGAUUUUGUAUUUAUUAUUUCAUCACACUUUCUGUAAUAAUUAAAGACUGUUAAACCCCAUCAUCAGGAGGAGUAUUUCAAUAUGUUGUUGGGUUAUAUUCACUGACAGCAGAUAACUCAUGGUCCUGCGCUACAAUUACUUAUUACCUUUUGCUGGAAGAUUACCAGUUGAAAUAGAGUAAGAAUAUAAGGAUAUACAUAUAACUAUUUUGCCCAAGCAUUUCAUGCAGAUAGGAACAUUUGCAUUAGCCAGACAAUAUAAGCUCUAUACUGUGCUCAGAAAAUGGUUUUACUUUACCAUAACUAAAUCUCAUUUAAAAGUAGUGUACUGUAUAUAUAUCCAGAAGGAAGGAAAUCAUGCAUUUACUCAACUAAUAUGUAUUGCCUCUUGUGGCUGGUGUCACAAUUCUACUUAAAAUACAAGAAGGCUGCUUUUCUGCUGCUAGUGGUCGUCCAAAUGAAUUCCGUGUUUCUUCUAGUCAACCAACGCUCUUUGUUUAAUUGAAAGAGGUUGUGCAUGAUUCAUGGAGAUGUAGAUCUCUAGUGCCAUAUAACAGAUACAAUAACUGGCUCCACAGUGUGCCCAUUUAGACAUGCAUUUUGUGAAUAGACCACACAAAAACAUCAGUUGUUUCCUAAUUUGGCUUUCCAGUAAACCAUGUAAAUUUUAAGUUUAAAAAUUAUGAAAUACUAGUAUUCUUCAACUUUGAUGAUAGUUGGGGAUGCAAGUAGAAAUAGAGGCAAUAUAAAAGCAGUUCCUGUCAUCCACUGGUUGAAGUGCUUGACUAUAUUCUUACAUAUGCUGGUUGAAGGCCUUGAUAUAUAAUUACAGUACUUUGCCAUACAAAGGCCAUAUAAUUUUAACUUUUUGUAUGUAUAAACAAUGAAUCUAGGUGCUUUGUAUUUUCAUAGCUGCUAUAUACCAAAGAUGAGAUUACGAUCUUGAUUUUGCAAUGGUUGCUUUUCUGAAUAUCUGUGAUAUUUCCAUAUAAGUAUUUUUAUUAGUUACAGAUAGGAUAGCACAUGCACAAAAGCAUUUAUAUAUUUAGUUAUUUUUUCCAUGUUUGUACAUAUGAUCUGACCAUGGAUUAAACAACCUUUGCUUUUAUGCAACUCAGAAUUUUGUGCAUUCUGUUGUACACAAGGGGAACAAAUUUUGAAAUUCUGUAAAUGUUGAGACAGUUGACUACUUGAGAUAAGUGCACCCAAGAUGUUAAAAUUCUAUGCAGAUAUCAUGACAAUAUAGUCUUCUGUAACAAUCCUCCCUUAACUCACAUUGAAUUUAUUGACACUAAAAUUGGGCUGUGAGCUCUAGCAAUUGAGAAGACACUGGAAUACCCGACUAGUUUCAGGUACUUUUGAGUGAAAUCUGGGUAAACUUCAUGUGUGCUCAGACAAUAACAUUUGUGUGUUAAGUUUUUAAAUUGUACUUGUGAUCCCAGAGGAUAAAAUGAUUUUAUAUAUUUUUUUGUGUGUGCUCACAUAACUUAUCCUACACAGGGCAGUAAUUUUUGUUGAACAAAAUUCUGGUUACAUCAUACUUACCGUUCAUAUAAUGUGGAAUAAUGGUUAAUAUAAAAGGAUUUUACAAUUUACCCAAUUCCCUAAAGUAUUAUGCCACAAGUGACUACUUAUUGUGUGUGAGUUGUACCAUUAACCCAAGUGUAAUAACCCAAAAGACUGUAGGAUUAGUUUCCUAUAUGUUUUUAAAGCUGUGCCUCAAUUUUUCAUCCCUUAUGAUUUUAUUUUAAUCCUAUGCCCUAAAACCCAUGCAUAUCAUUCUUUAUGGUUAAAAAAUAUAUAUACCUCUUUAUUUUAUAAGCAUUUGAUUGGCUGCUUUUGGCAUGAGUGUGCGAGCCUUUUUCUUCUGCCAUUGUGAAUUGUGGAGUACAAUACUGCUCUCCUUACUAGUCCCAUAGCCAUUAAUGUGAAUCAGGGUUGUCUAGUGUCACGGAGAUCAAUAAUAUAUGAAUCUAGCUAACUC